ACGAAUCAGAGAGAAGAAAAAAAAGAGUAAGUAAGAGAUAGGUUUAAAGCGACUGCGAAGUGCAUUAUGGCGUCCGUCGAUGAGAAUUUAGAGUCACUCCUGAGUUCCGCUAAGGAGAUCUAUGACAAACUGAGUGACUCGGAGAUGAAAUCGUUGCUUUCCUUGAUUCAUGCCUUCAGUAACAAGGAAAUCACAGUUAGCGUGCUCAGUAAGUCUACUCAUCUUUUGUUCGGCUACCAUAAAAACACCACUGAGCAACAGCGUCACUCGGGGAUGGAAUCGCUACUGUCCUUGAUUGAUGCCUUGAGUAACAAGGGAAUCACACAUAGCGUGUUCAGCAAGUCUAUUGAUGUUUUGUUCGACAACCAUGUUAAGACGACCAAACAAGACUUUGUUGAAGAAGGUGAGAUCCGAGAAGAUUACCAUGUCUGUGCGGUUAGGGCUGACGUAGAUGAGAGCCCGGAGAAGAGUGGAGCCCACGUUAGGAUUAGGGUUAAGAUAGAUGAGAACCCUAAAGGAGAUGUUUCCGAGGAAAAGAAGAGAAGGAUCUUGCAAUCGGAAGAGAAGAAACCUAAAAAGUCAAGGCGGUUAUACCGAGUGACACCGAGCUACAAGCUUAUCCCUGAGGAACAACAAUAUCGUGUCUCAGACAACCUUGACGGACCAGAACUGGACUGUCUGAACAACAAGUACUCUGUGAUGCAAUUUAAUGGUGCUUCGGGACAUAAGCAACUGAGCAAGUACGAAGAAGCGAUUGAGAGAUGCGAAGAGGACAUGUUUGAGACUGAUAUGUUGAUGGGAUCUCUUGAAAGUGCGGUGCAGAGCGCUGAGAAAGUUAUAAAGGAGGAGAUGGGAGUGGAACAACUUGGAGUGAAGUUCUACAGGUGCAUCGACAUGCUAUACCGUGGAGAUAUGUCUGAGAUUGUGAGAGAAGACCACAAGAAGGCUUUACCUGUCAUCUUAAUCCGGUUGAAGCAGAAGCUGGAUGAGCUCACGGUUGCUCGGGAAAGCUGGAAGCCUCGCUGGAAGAAAGUCUUUAAGGAAAACACUGCGAAGCAAAGAGAAGCCACAAGAAAAAAAAUGAAGGGAAACAGUUUUUGUUAAUGUAUGACUUUUGGUUGUUGUAAUGUUCCAUUGAACAUCACAUUCACACAGCUCUCUGAUCAGACUAUUUGUAUAUGAGUUAUUUAAUGCAAUCGACUUUUCUA